GGAAGUAGGGGCAUCCGCGGAUGGGGCUCGGGCUUCCGGGGGAUUCAGUAACGGCGGCCUUCGGGUCAAGAGACUGGCGUCCUGGCACCCUCGGCUUGGAGUGCGGUGCCUUUCUCUCCUGGCACCUUGGCUGAGUGGAGUCCUGCGGCCGGGCGUAGUCGGCGGCCCAGCGGACCGGAGUGAAAGCCACAUGAAUUCUGAAUGUUAGAAUAGAAAAGAGGCCAAAGAAAUCUUUGAAGAUGAGGAAACUGAAGCACAGAAAGGCUAUAUAGUUUGCCCAGGUCAUACACCAAAUGAUGGAGACAAGAGUUAAACCCAGAUCAUCCGAUUCCAGCAUCUAAGCUCUUCACCACUUCAUGAUAUUGCCUCUCCAGCCAGAACAGUGCUUCAUCCUUUGUAGGUGGUCAUCAAAUGCUACUCAAAAUCUUUUUGAGAAGAAGAAAAAGGUAUCUAUAGUGGUAAAAAAUAGAGGAUUACUGUCUUAACCCACUAUUAGACAUGGUGGCAGCCAGGAUUUUUAUAUAAAAAUGAGACAGGCGGGGGAUACAUUGUCUACCAUAUUGGCUGGAGGCUUACAUUCUGUUUUCUAGAACUCUGGUUGACGCUUGAACAACAUAGGUUUGAACUGCAUGAGUCAACUUAUACAUGGAUUUUUUCCAAUAAAUACUACAGCACUACAUUAUCAGAGGUUGGUUGAAUCAGUGGAUAUAGAACCACAGACACAGAGGGCAAACUGUAACGUUAUAUGUGGAUUUUUGACUGUGUGGGUGUCGGCACCCCAACCCCUGUGUUCAAGGGUCAACUGUAUAUCUGGUACAUAGUGGGAAUUUUCUAUACGUGUAAUUACCUAUAAGAGAGACCUGGUUAAUUAGGCUGUGAACUGCUUUUAGACCUUAGCUUCUCACUUGUAAGUUCUGGUAAUGGUUUAGAAUUUGAAAGCAUCCCACCUACCAUAAAGCAAUAGUUUUCCAUAGGCAAACAAAACCUCACUUGUUUUUCCAGUCAUUAGUAAUGAAACAUAGUCACUUGACGUGACUGAAGGCACGAGGACAUACAGAUAUACUUUUUCAAUUCAGUUCUUUCUGUGUAAUAGAAAUUGCCACACUGAACAUUUGGAGGUACAGUUGACCCCUUGAACAACACAGGUUUGAACUACACAGGUCCACUUAAAUGCAAAUUUUUUUUCAGUAAAGGAUCUGUGGUUAUUGACUCCAAGGAUGUGGAACUUUGGGAACAGAGGGCCAACUCGGAUUUUCUACUGCGUGGGUGUCAGCCUCCCUAACACCUGCCUUGUUCAGGGCUCAACUGUAGUCAGUAGAGUUUUAGAUCUAGAAGAAGAAACUGAGAUCCAAAUGGUUAGUUGCCCAAAAUCACAUAACUGAUAGUUUCUCAUGAUCAUCUGAUCCUUCGUUCAUUGUUCGUCCGCACGCUGCCUGCUGGUCGAGCUGUUCUCUUCAGCUCUGGAUACUUGAAGGGAGCUCAGCAGCGUAAUUAAGUUCUUCAGCAGCUGCCUGAUGAACACCUGUUAGGUGAACGCUCGUGCCGAGUGCUGAGGAAGUGAACAUCCUUGAAACUGCAGUCAUAGAAAACAGACAUUUCAACAGAUAAUUAUGCUAAUUAUUACAGCUGAGAGCAGUCGAUAAUCACCUUACUAUGAGUCUGCUACACUGGGAAAACAGCUGUGGAUCCAGCCAGUCCGAGAGCGACUGCUGUGCUGCCAUGGCCGCCAGCUCCUGUGGUGCUGCAGCCAAAGAUGAGAGUGUGAGUGGAACUGCCAGCACAGUGAAUCUUUCCAGCUCUUUUAUGGAAGAGAUCCAGGGAUAUGACGUGGAAUUUGACCCACCCCUGGAAAGCAAGUAUGAAUGCCCCAUCUGCUUGAUGGCAUUACGGGAAGCAGUGCAAACACCGUGCGGCCACAGGUUCUGCAAAGCCUGCAUCAUCAAAUCAAUAAGGGAUGCAGGUCACAAAUGUCCAGUUGACAAUGAAAUACUGCUGGAAAAUCAACUCUUUCCUGACAAUUUUGCAAAACGAGAGAUUCUUUCUCUGAUGGUGAAGUGUCCAAAUGAAGGUUGUCUGCACAAGAUGGAACUGAGGCAUCUUGAGGAUCACCGAGCACAUUGUGAGUUUGCUCUUAUGAAUUGUCCCCAAUGCCAACGUCCCUUCCAAAAAUGCCAACUUAAUAUUCACAUUGUCAAGGAGUGUCCAAGGAGACAGGUUUCUUGUGUAAACUGUGCUGUAUCGAUGGCAUUUGAAGAUAAAGAGAUUCAUGACCAGAACUGUCCUUUGGCAAAUGUCAUCUGUGAAUACUGCAACACCAUGCUCAUCAGAGAACAGAUGCCUAAUCAUUAUGAUCUAGACUGUCCUACAGCCCCAGUUCCAUGCACAUUCAGUACUUUUGGUUGCCAUGAAAAGAUGCAGAGGAAUCACUUGGCACGCCACCUGCAAGAGGAUACCCAGUCGCACAUGAGAAUGAUGGCCCAGGCUGUUCAGACUUUAAGCCUUGCGAUAGCUCCCGCACCUCAGCGUGGCAUGCUGCCAUGUGAUUCUGCCUCUCUGCCCCGGAUUUCCUCUGGGUGUCACUCAGAGGUCCAGAAUUUCCAAGAAACCAUUCAACAGUUAGAGGGUCGCCUUGUAAGACAAGACCAUCAAAUCCGGGAGCUGACUGCAAAAAUGGAAACUCAGAGCACGUAUGUAAGUGAGCUAAAACGAACUAUUCGAACCCUUGAGGACAAAGUUGCUGAAAUAGAAGCACAGCAGUGCAAUGGAAUUUACAUCUGGAAGAUUGGCAAUUUUGGGAUGCACUUGAAAUCUCAAGAAGAGGAGAAACCUGUUGUCAUUCACAGCCCCGGAUUCUACACAGGCAAACCCGGCUACAAACUAUGCAUGCGCCUGCACCUGCAGCUACCAACUGCACAGCGCUGUGCCAACUACAUAUCCCUCUUCGUCCACACGAUGCAAGGAGAGUAUGACAGCCACCUCCCGUGGCCCUUCCAGGGUACGAUACGCCUUACCAUCCUUGAUCAGUCUGAAGCACCUGUAAGGCAAAACCAUGAAGAGAUAAUGGACGCCAAACCAGAGCUGCUUGCCUUCCAGAGACCCACAAUCCCACGGAACCCCAAAGGGUUUGGCUAUGUGACCUUUAUGCAUCUGGAAGCCCUAAGACAAAGAACCUUCAUCAAGGACGACACGUUAUUAGUACGCUGUGAGGUCUCCACCCGCUUUGACAUGGGCAGUCUUCGGAGGGAGGGUUUUCAACCACGAAGUACUGACUUGGGGAUAUAGCAUCCCCUCAUUUGUUUAAGAAACAAAACAACAGAAAAAACAUUUGGAGAAAA